AUGUUUCUGAACGUUAUAUCUCAUUCAGAUGCAAAUAAUUUAUAUACAAAAAUUCCCCUCUGCGAGUAUUGUGAAGGUACAGUCUUAAACUGUCAUUGUUUGUUUUUUAAAGAACUCAAUGAUGGAACGAUUCCUUUUACUGAAAAUGUUGAGAAAGAAUUGCAAGAAAUCGAAUGUCAGAUGAUAAACACACCCAAGUCUUUAGGAAAACAGUUAAAAAAUCGUUUACAAUUCCUAAUAUAUUCAUUAAAGUUUAAUUGGGAUUUUGUGCCUUUUAGGGAGCGUUUAAAUCAUAGUAAGAUAGUGACCAAAAAGGUCUACAGAUCAGAUAAUGUCAUAAACCAUUUCUUAGCGGAAAUGUCGCCCUAUGAGGAUAUUGUGACACGAUGUGGCACGAAGUUAAAUCUCCACUUAUUGGUAAUCCACAAUAUAUACAAUAUAUUUAUUGAGUCUAGGAAUUUUUUUCUAGAAAGUGUAUUUGGAACGUAUUGUCCAGUUUACUUUAGAAACAACAAACUUAUCGAUUAUGAUGGUUUAUCGUACAAAACCCAACAAAAGACAUUAGCGCAAACAAAAAUGUUAGAGCAAGAGAAACAGCUAAAGGCUAAACGGAUGUAUAACCCAUCCAAUAAGAACGUAUUUUGGGCAAUAAGGCUCUUGAAUUUUGAAAAAGAGUACAGUUAUUCGAAGGUUUGCAAUAUGGCCCUCCAACACCAAAACCCUUGGGUUAGGUAUCAUGAAGGGUUGAAUAUAUUUCCAAGGAAACAUAUUCUUAGAAGAUGGUUAAAUAAAAGGUGGCAGUGGGAAACUAUUAUUGACUAUAUAUUUAAAGAGCUAGGUCCUUGUUGUCACUUUUUGGAGAAUUGUUCGAACGAAGAAAAUCUACUGGAAAGACAGGUUACCACAAACAAUUCAGACACAGUAUUCCAAGCACAAGGAGUAUUAGAAACAGCUAGCCCUCUAGAUUAUGAUAUCUUUGAAGAGGCAUUUCAGAAAUUAGUGUAUAUAUGUAAUACUGAUAUUCCAAAAGAAAGUAAACCACUAAAUAAUUUUUCUAUACGGACAAUAUAA